AUGAAGGAGUAUGGCUCAGGCUAUGAAACGGCGAUUCGGCCCUUUCUUAACGCUGCCGCACCUCGAAUACCUCUCUUUUCCAGUGUCACGGGAGAUCGUAUAACGGCCGCAGACUCCUUGGGCGCCACGCACUGGCACCAGAGCCUGAUUCAACCUGUCCUGUUUGACAAGGCCCUUAGAAGCCUUGUAAAACAAACCAAUACACCAAAUCUCGUCAUCGUGGAGAUUGGCGCUCGCCCUUCUCUGAGGAACCCGAUCAGGCAGGUCCUGGAGAACAUCCCCUACACCAAAGCCAGCUACCUCCCAACAUUGGAGAGAAACAAGGAUUGUCACGAAAAUCUCCUCAAACUGGCCGGACGGCUGUUCUGUGAGGGCGUCAACUUUGACCAUCAAGCCAUCGCGCCGCCAGGAAAAGCCCUGAUCGAUGCUCCAACAUAUCCUUGGGCCCAUGAACAGUCUUUCCAGGGGCAACACCGUUUAUUCAGAGCGUACAGAGACUGCCAGUACCCUAUGCACGAGCUACUUGGUAGCCAAGUAUUCGAAACCAGUGCUCUUGAGCCAAGAUGGAGGAAAGUACUGCUUCUCGAGGAUAUCCCCUGGCUUGGAGACCAUGUGGUGAACGACCAGGUCAUCAUCCCUUUUGCGGCAUAUAUAUCGAUUGCUGAGCAGGCGCUUCGCCAGAUAAACGGUGGGCAUUUGGAGGCCUUUUCUGCUCAAGAUUUCUCCGUUUCUGCGGCUCUACGCUUGGAUCCCGGCCGUCCUGUUGAGAUACAUACCAGAUUACGACGUCUUGUCGGCAACGACAACACGCCUCCUAGCUACGACGUGCAAAUCACUUCGUGGAAAGACAAUAUCUGGACCGAGCACUGCCACACGGUCGUCAUCGCAGGAGCUCAUCGAGCCCGCAAAUUUUUCACAAAGUGCAAGCUCCCUCGCCUACUGUCUCAAAAAGCCUGGUACAGAAUCAUGCAAGAGCUAGGUUUUACUUACGGACCCUCCUUCAAAAGGCUGGAAGAUAUCACUGUCAGUCCCACUGUGCAGCAAGCGACAGCCCGUGUGAACCCGCCAGAGGAUACAUCGACAGACUCGACCAGCAGCUACCUCCUGCAUCCCACCGCACUUGACCAGUGCUUGCAGACUACGGGCAUUUCUCUCUGCCACGGGCUGGAGCGAAAGGCCAAGUAUAUGGCCACACCGACGUAUAUCAAACAAGUUUUUGUUCGUCGGUAUGCGGGGCCCUUUUGGGCCACAGGAAUGAUGGACCAGUUUGCGCAGGGACAUCUUUCUGGAACGGUACAUGCAUACACGGAUGAUGGGGAGGAGGUUGUCGUUAUGGAAGGGAUUGAAGCCCAUCAGAUGAGUAAUUCCUCGCAAGGGGAGACGGAGCCUCCUCCGAUUCUCAGCACGCCUCACUGGCGUGCUCACGCAAGUUUCUUUCCUUUUCAGACCCUACUUGAGACACCCUUUUUCGACGCGGAUGACAUCAAGAGAAUGCAGCACUUGAUGCUUCUCCAGUUACUGGAGAUGCGCUCGAACGAUUCUCAAGACAACGAUAGCCAUGAUACCACUGAUACCGGCGCAACCAGGUCUUGGGUUGAUCACCAGGUUCAAAGGGCACAGGAGGGGGACACCAGAGCCGACCGCCAAGUGUCUCAUCAAAAACUGCGUAUCGAUUUGCAGCGCAGCCGUCUCCACGAGAUGGAGCCGACGAUGGACCAGCUUUUCAAGAACCCCCUACAGCAGACCAAAGAAACGCUCCGAGAGGCCAUCUUGUCCCGGGGCCUCUGGCUUUUGCGAGCCAAGAAGAUCUUGGCAGAUGCGAUGCAUGUUCUGGCACACACAAAUCCUCAGCUGAGCAUCUUGCAUAUCGGCUCCGGCAGCACGGCUCGGACAUUGCUGGACCUCCUCCAACCAAAGAAAGGAACCCGGAAUUUUUCAACGUACACGUAUGCGGCGCUUUCGCAAGACGCCUUGAAAAGCGAACAAGACGCGUUUGCAGAUAUCCGAGGCUUGGAGGUACGAAGCUGGGAUGCCGUGGGCGCAGAAAGGGGCCUCAACGUAGAGGCCCAUUCGUGCGAUGUUGUCGUCUGUGCCGAUAUACUCUCUUCGGAACGCGACACUCGUCAAGACCUGCAACGCAUCAAGCAGUUACUUCGCCCUUCCGGAGUACUUAUUCUGCUGGAGCUUCUUCCUGGUCAGUAUCUAGUACCCGUCAUCCGCAACAACGAUGCGCCACACGCCUCGGAAGAUGUACUGCUUCCUAUUCUUCGGGAUCUUGGCUUCGAUGUGCCUCAAGGUGAUCAACACAAGGGCCAGCUAUCCCCCAUCCUGCGACUUUGUCCCCCGAACCAGCUCAAGCCGAGUCCGUCAACCAUUAGCAUCGUUACAAAUCAGAACCAAAGCGCCUUGAUCGAAAAGUUCGAGUCGGUGCUGUAUUCCUCUUCCAUCCCAGUCCGGAGAUACGAUGCAGCUACCUGCAUCAAUCAGUCCGCGUCUCUCCCGGCCGAGGGAGCCCUCAUCUUUUUCCUCGACCUGGACCGCCCUUGGAUUUACCAUCUGACCCACACUGAAUUUCCCGGGUUCGUCCAACUUCUGAGCACCGGCACCCAAAAACGCCCCAUUGUCUGGGUCACGCCCUUGUCGCAGAUCAGCUGCAAAGACCCACGGUCCGCAAUGAUCUACGGACUCGCUCGUACGCUGCGAUCGGAGCUGAAGACCGAUAUCACCAUUGUCGAGGUCGACCCGGAAGACGAUUUCAGUGGUGACGAUUACUUGGCCAAGUCACUCGUGCGCAUCGUCCAACACCUGCCAAACCGAUUCUUUGAUGACGUUCUCGACCCGGAUUUUGAGUUUGCAAUAACUAUGGAGCAUGGCAUCAUGGUGCCAAGGCAUCAGUGGACAACGGUCCAACAGGAACUCUGUCGAUGCUCCGAACAACAACAGACAAGCGGAACAAUGACAUUUGCAAAGCUGGCCCCAAAAUUCAAAGGCAAAUUGAGCUCAUUGCGAUGGGUUAGGUGCCCCUUGCCGAAUCUGGAUGCCCGCCACGUCCGAGUAGAGGUUAAAGCAGCCGCGAUCAACAAAGAGGACGUGACUAUAGCCAGGCAGGCUUUCGAUGUAAACAAGGUCCUAUUCGGACAAGGGGCUGCCGGCAUCAUUACGGACGUGGGCGAUGAUGUGCCCGGUUUCCAGAUGGGAGACCGAGUCGUUGUUCUUUUGACAGGCAAAGGCACUGUAGCCAGCCAUCUGGACGUCUUGCCAUCCAGUUGCCUACGGCUGGACGAUAAUUUCGCCUUCGAAGCUGCGGCGGCCAUGCCACUGGCAUGCGUUGCAGCCGAGUUCACGGUGAGAGAGUUUGGGAGGAUCCAAGGCGGAGAGAGUCGUUUCAUCGUUGCUUCAGAGACCGAUAGGCUGCUUUUGGAAAAUGCUUUCGGCAUAGCCGAAGACUUCAUCGUGUCGGCCCCGGGAGAUUCUCUGCCGUGGCCAAAGGCAGCCUGCAUGAUCGGAUUUGGCGGCCAGGCUCCUGACUGGGCACUACACUUUUUGUCCCCCGAAGGCAUCUUCCUCGAUGUUCUAGAUCAUCCAGGCAAGACCGAGACCUGCCAAACAGUUAAGAUCUCUGCAAGUCAAGCAUACCGCAUCGUCAACGUGCAGGCACUCAGCUUAUGUGGUCCAAACUCGGUGCAAAGGGUUUGGAACACGUGCCAAGAAUACUUCGUUGGUCCAUCAGGUCCAGCAGAUUGGGCGAGACUUGCCAAGAUCUUCAAGCCAAAUGAAGUCCACGAUGCUUUCUGUGCGGCUUCUGGAAACGAAAAUCAAGCAGUGAGCAACAAGGUGGUGCUCCAAAUCCCAACACCGGACCCGCAGGGUGACUUUCCGUUGUCAUCCGCAGAGGCCACGCCCGCAUCUCCUAGGUUCCGUUCGGAUGCUGCCUACUUGCUUGUCGGCGGCUUGGGCGGCAUCGGCUGCGCCGUGGCCACUUGGAUGGCAGAGUAUGGUGCUGGGGAGUUGAUAUUCCUCUCUCGCUCUGCGGGAACUAAACCAGAAGACCAGCCUUUUUUGGACGAGAUGCGAAGCCAAGGCUGCGUCGUCAAGACGGUGGCGGGCAGUGUUGCCGUCUUGGGAGAUGUCAAAAGGGCUGUGAACGCGGCAGAUCGUCCCGUUGCUGGUGUGAUUCAAAUGUCAAUGGUCUUGCGGGAUGCUGCCACGCUGCGCAUGACAUACGCCGAAUGGCGAGCAUGCAUCGAGCCAAAGGUCCAAGGCACAGAGAACAUCCACGAGGCCUUAAAGCAGCAUAGCUUGGAUUUCUUUGUUCUCUUCUCAUCGAUAGGCGGGGUGGUUGGUAGCCCUGGACAAGCCAAUUACAACGCUGCCAACACCUACCUUGACGCAUUUGUCCGGUACCGUCAUCAUCUUGGGCUCCCAGCGUCAGUCAUCGACAUCGGGGUCGUGGGUGGCGUUGGGGUCAUUGCCAGUACAGAUAACAUGCAAGACAGAGCCCGGGCGGCAGGAUACCACGUUCUCCGCGAAGAGGACCUCCUGGAGGCCAUCACUAUUAGCAUGCACCACGUUCGUCCAAGCUCAGCAACGUUCAGUAGAUACGACGUAUGUCGGCAUCUCAGCCAGAUGGCCCUAGGUCUGUGGUCGGAGCAUCACAUAGCAGACCCUUCGACGCACGUUUACUGGAAAAGGAACGCUCACACGGGUGCGGCACACAGCAUUCAUCCAGAGAGCUGGCGUUCAAAGACGCAAGGACACUCAUCUGCCGAGUCGGGACUGGCAACGAUAAUGACGAUUGCGAAGAGCACACCUGACCACCUACUCGAUGAGGAAACACUGGGACUGGUCGGUGAGCUGCUUGGGAAUGCUAUUGCGCAAUUACUUGCCCUUUCCAGCGUGUACAUCGGCCCGGACACUGAGCUGGAUGAUCUUGGGCUUGACUCUCUGAACGCAAAUGAGCUGACUAGCUGGGUUUCCCAACAUCUCUUGGUUGAUCUGCCGUUGUCUGAUCUCGUUCAGACGGCAACAGUACAUGACCUUGCAGCCAAGAUUGCUGUGCUACUGUUGGCUAAGUUCGGAGAUGCCCCGAUAUAG